AUGGAUGAGACUACGCUCGAGCAGCAUGGAGUUCCUGUUGAACACGAAGAUGGCCUUCCAGGCGAGGCAGUAAAGGAAGAACCGGUCUCUACCGGCAACGGCGAGGACGAGGACACCAAGAAAGGGCAGCAGCAAGAUGCGGCACAAACUUCAAACUUGUCCACGACCCUACAAAGUCUAACGGACCGGGCGCUGGAGUUUCUCGCGCAUGCCAGCAACGAGACGCUAGGCGCAUGCCUCGUCGGGGCCGGAGCUGCAACCUAUAUGGUUCUCGGACGGGUAGGGCUGGUCAUAAUCGGUGUCGCUGGAGGUGUGGUGCUGCAGGCCACAUGGCAAGGGGUCCGCGCCGACAACGGGAACGAAGAGACCCGGCGCGCAGAGCAGGAGAGGAGACGCGAAACUGGUGUCGAAGUAGCAAGACGCGUGCUAGAAUUGACGGCUUCUAGGACUGAGGCUUCGAGCGAGGCGGAAACCAAGUUCUUUGGCAGUCAACAAUUGGACUUUUCGUCCUUCGACCUGGAGACUGCGAGCGCCCUCAAUACGUUCACAGACUCUGUGAUCAAAGACUACGUGUAUUAUUGGUAUAGGCCGCAGCUACCAGGAGAAGAAGGCUUUCCCGCAUCGUGUAGGAGAACGUUAACGGCUUUCAUUCUGUCGCUGUCCGGCCACCUCCAGCGGAAACGCCCGGCAGACGCCUUUCUGGACUUCGUCACUAACGCCAGCAGUAUCAUCAUUGUAUUCUUGAAUGAGCUGGCAGCCGCGAUCAAUGCUUCGCCCAACUCCUCUCCGGCCGAGGCAGUCAGUACCUACCUGACGCUAAAACCGGACAGCUCUCUGGCGUAUGUCUUGGAUGAGAAGGCGCAAGAUGCCAAGCUCGCGCUCAUCGCGGAAGACAUUCUUCAGGCUUAUCUGGAUCCCAAAGCGUACAACUGCGAGCCAGUACACGUCUUCCUCAAGCAGGUGCUUGCUCAGCUUGUCCUGGGGUCGACUGUGACACUCUGCUCGAGGCCCGAAUGGAUCAACGAGUGGAUCGUAUACGGUCUAGAGGAGAGCGAGACGACGCGGGAGGUGAUGAACAUUGUUGAUGCGGGUGUGGAAGGGAGGGCGAACGAGCAGAAAGCCCCAAAGCCGACCGAGCAGAAUUCUACGCCGCAAGAGGUCAUGAGCAAGAAAGAAGGCGAGACCGCUGCGACGAGACCAACAGAGCAGCACAAACGCCAGGCGAGCAAAGCCGAAGAAGCUAUGGAUGAAGCUAUGCAAGAGGCGAAGAGGCUCACACAGCUAAUGAUCGAGGAAGAUGAGAGACGAGCGCGCGAGGAAGGUGAGAAGCAGAUGGCCGUCAGCAGCUCCGAGGAAGUUUCGGAAGGUACGACCACCCAAGGAGCUCCAACACCGACAUCUAGUCAAAGCGAGCAGGAUAGACACGAAGACGAGACGUCGUCCUUGAGAAGUCAUAGCCAGCCGCCAUCUGUCGCUGAGAGUCCAACGACCCACGAUCGGCAGCCAUUUACCUCAUUCGACCAACUAGUUCCAGCCGGUCAGCCAACAGCUCUCUCGGACUGCAGCUCUGAGAACCUUGCUGCCAGCGCUCGUGCUCCUCCGCCACCAUUGACAUUGCACAAGGCCACCAUUUCUAUCUUCGACGAUUCGCAGCCUGGUGAGAAGACUUCUAUCAAAGCCAAGCCCACAACGGACUAUCUCAUUCAGAUUGAGCCGUCUUCCUCCAUUUACCCUGGCUGGAUGAUCGCAAGGAAGUAUGCCGAUUUCGAGGCACUGCACGAGGUGUUAAGGCGGAUUAGCGUCAUAACAGGCGUUGUCGGCUUCAUGGAGACUCAUGGCGAGCUGCCGAAGUGGAAGGUGCACACCAAGUCAUCACUUCGUGCGGAGCUUGAGCGCUAUCUCACUGGCGCCGUGCGAUUCCAGCCUCUGGCGGAAAGUGAAGGCAUGAAGCGAUUUCUUGAAAAGGACCAGGGCUUGAACAAGAGCCCAAGCAGCAAGGGUGCCUUCGCGUGGCCGACGCCAGACGCUUUCGGCAGGCUUGGUGGCGAUAUGAUGAAUGUCCUCACCAAGGCACCCAAACAGGUAGCUGGCGGCGGCAAGGCCAUGUUUGGGGGAGUCGCCGGCGGUGGAAAAGCGGUAAUUGGCGGUGUUGCUGGACUCGUCGGUGGUGGAGGUGGGAAACGGCAGAGUCAACUCGACCUUACCCGUACGAACACCGCGAAUUCACUGGACGGCCAUCGAAGUCAGCCGAGUCUCUCGACUGAUGGAUAUGCCUCUGGCAGCGGGAGUGCAAGAAUGAGCCAGGAAUCGCUACGUGCCCCGCCAAACACCAGACCGUCGAUGGACAGACAUCUCAGCACUGCAUCGACUGCCAGUGCAGAUGUUAGGUCUCUGUCUGGGCCAUCACCUCUGCGGUCAAGUGUUGAGCUACCACGACCGGAGUCAGCCAGCGAGACUUCCACACCCGCGACACCUAGUUCAAAGGCUCCACCGCAACUUUCCUCACCAGCGCAGGAUAGGAUUGAAGAUCCAGCCAUGCACCUACCUCCACCGCCAUCUGAGAUGCCUGAGGACUAUGGCUCGCCCAGAAAACCGAAUCCAGGUCGCAGCAGUGUCGAGACAUUCCGCUCUUCAAAAUCUCUCGACCCUCAGCUGUCCGAACCGAGAGAAUCAACCGACCAACCUGCUCCACCUAUGCCACCCAGACCACAGGCGCAACCAACCAAGCCUGCCGCCAAAGCAAAGCCACCGCUUUCGGAGAGCGAAACGUCUGUGGCCGUCGAGCUCAUGUUCGCCAUCAUCACCGAGCUAUACACCCUCAGCUCCGCCUGGAACAUCCGCCGCACCCUGCUCCAAGCAGCUAAGACUUUCCUCCUCCGACCCGGCAAUCCACAGCUCGUCACCAUUAAAGACCUCUUGCAAACAUCACUCCUCGACGCAAACAUAUCUGAUGCUGGCAUGGCAGGGCACAUCUACAAGCUACGCGAGAAUGCUCUACCGACAGAAGCGGAGCUCGAGGCGUGGAAUCGAGACUACCCUGAGAAGACAGAGGAGCAGAAGGAGGAAUUGAGAGUGAAGGCAAGGAAGCUGCUUGUUACUAAAGGCAUGCCAACCGCGCUGCAGAGUGUGAUGGGCGCUGCAGCGAGUGGAGAGGCGCUGGGGAAGGUGUUUGAUUGUUUGCAAGUGCCUGAGGUGUCAAGGGGGUUGGUGUUUGGAUUGAUGUUGCAGGCGCUGAGGGUGGUCACGCAUUGA